AACCAUUUGACAUCAAGAUAGAUGUUUACAUAAAAUCACUUGAAAACAUUGAUAACCAAGAGCGAGGCACCCGAAAGGAAAGAGCAAGAGAACUUCUUGAAAGCUUGGCGCAUUCUUUUAUUAUCGACCCUGAUGAUGAAUCAUACAUUCAAAAUAAUGUAUUUACCUCCGAAGACCUUAAAGAAAUUCGGGAUACGAGUUCAAAAGAUCUUCCUGAGACACCAACGGACCUUUUAAAAUAUAUAAGCUUUUUCCGAAGGAAAACAACGGAAGAAUUGCGGAUAGCACUUGAUACAAGACAAGACUGGGAGGGUAAAAAUUUUAAUAAAACGAGACAUUUUAAUUUUGAUUGGGUAAAAAAUUCUGUUUAUAAUUUGGUGCUAGAAUUUGAAUCUAAUAUGCUACAGCAAAGUCAUUUGGAAGCGUGGUAUAAUAUUCAUGUUUGGGCAUUCAUUGAUAAAUCGUUUAAUGAAUUGGAAGGAGUGGAUAUCGUCCGAGGUGAAUCAUGUAGUAUUGCUUCAUCAAAGCGCAAAAAUAAUAGAAGGAUAAUCCAAGGAAUUGUAAAAACGACGAGAAAAUCUAUUGGAAGGAGGGGCGAUCUUAUUGUAAGGAAAGGGCCUUACGAAUAUGGAGCUUCCGAGUUGGGAAAAGACUAUGAGGGGGACAAUGGAUCAAAAUUACUAAAAGAAAGAGGACUAAAAAGUCCGAAGAUGCUCAAAGACAUGAUAGUUGACCUGGGUAAUUUUGUCGAAUGGAAAACUGACAAGUUGCGCCAAUUUGAGCUUGUUAGUUUCAUCCACGCGGGUCUUUUCAUGAUUUUGUUACGUAUGGAUGUUCCUGCCGGAUAUAUUUGCAGGGUUACAAGGUCGGAUACCUUACAAGUACCAAACAAUGUCAGUCAAUUUGAAAAAGCUCUUAAAUGUUUGGUUUUAACAUGGAAGGCUAAGACGAUCAUAUGUAAAACAAUUAAUGUUGUUGAAGAAAUGUGUGAUGAUGACGUAUUGGAGGAUUUACAAGGAGCUGGUACCCCCGAUGCUGAGCCCCCUGUACCUCCAAUGCAAUUUGGUAUUUCUGAAAGAAGGCAUCAAGUUCUAACCCAUUCAGAAAAGAAGGACG